UUUUUUUUUCCUUCUUUCUCUCUUUAUACCUUUAUCUUAUCCCCCCCCCCCUAUGAACAAUACCAAAGAAAAUUAUAUAGCUGAUUAUAUUGAACUUUCAAUAAACCAAAACGAAGAUAAUGACGAACCACCCGAUCAACAUCAAGAUGAUCACCCUUUUCAAAGAACAUAUAAAGAAGAGUCGAGAACGGCCUUAUUAGAAGGAAAUAAUAGUAUUGAAGAAGAUUUUAUUGUCUAUGAUGGAAACGAUAGUAACCAAGAAAAUAAAACAACUCAGAAACAUCGUGAAGAAGAAAAGACACUUGCUAUUCAAGCACUUCCUUCUCUUAUUAUUUCUGUCAUUGGCCUUGUACUUGCUGGUGAUCUUUUAGAUGAAUUUCAACAUUGGGAUGUAUUUCUCAAGACAACUGAAUUGUUUAUUCUAUUACCUAUCCUACUCAACUUGAAGGGUAAUUUGGAAAUGAAUUUGGCAGCUAGAUUUUCCACUUCUUCCAACUUGGGUGAAUUAGAUUAUGGACCAACACGAAGAUCAUUGAUUGUUGGCAACCUGGCUUUAUUACAAGUUCAAUCGCUUGUGGCAGGUGCUAUUGCUGGUGCCUCUUCUUUUGCUCUAGGUUUAAUUACAAAACCCGGAAGUAGCACCAGCUAUUUUGAGAUGAUGUACAUGACAGCAAGUGCCAUGGUCUCUGCUUCAUUCUCAGCUGGUAUUUUAGGUGUAUUCAUGUGUGCCUUAAUUAUUGUCUGCAGAAGAUUUGAUAUUGAUCCUGAUAACAUCGCCUGUCCUAUGGCUUCCUCUACUGGCGACAUUGUGACCUUAGUCUUAUUAGCAACUUGUGCUGUUAUUCUUCAGCCUCAGAUGGACAGUAUCUUGAGUACCCUUAUCUUUUUGGUCAUGGUGGCCAUGAUUCCUUGUUUUGGGUUUAUCGUCUGGCGUAAUAAACAUGUCAAGGACUUGUUAUUCUCUGGUUGGACUCCGAUCAUUCUGGCCAUGGUCAUCUCUAGUUUGGCUGGUGUCUUACUAGAAGCCUUUGUAGAACAAUACAAAGGUGUGGCUUUGUUGACCCCUGUAUUGAUUGGGUUGGCUGGUAAUCUUGGUUCAAUUUAUGCGUCUCGUAUCAGUACUUGCUUACAUGCAGAAACCAAAGAGAAUUACAAGGCUGUUGAACUUACUUUAAUGGCCAUGAAUAUUCCUGUUCAAGUGGUCUUUAUGAUCAUCAUUUGGGCUUUUGGUCUAGGGCAGCUGCAAUACAACGUAUGGUUUUUUCUUUCUUAUUUCUUGAUUUCCAUGAUAUGCACUUGGAUUUGUCUGAAGAUUGGCAAAUACAUGACCUUGUUCUUUUGGAAAAUAGGUUAUGACCCAGACAAUUAUGUGAUACCUUAUCUAACUGCUUCCAUUGAUGUGAUUGGCACUAUUCUUCUUGUCAGCUGUUUUAGAGCACUUACAGAUUCUGGUGCUACAGACAUGACGAUAGAGAGAUCACACAACUAAAUACCCCCCCUCCCCGUUUCUUUAUUUUGUCAUUAUGUAGAUACUUCAUUUCUCUCCCCAUCUCUUUUUUUUUCUAUCAUAUAUAAUAAACACAUCCUUAUGUGGUACAAGUAUAGGCUUGUGGUUUCCUUAUCGGGCCGGAUUUUUAA